AUGUGCGGAAGAAAAGACGACUCUACAACUGCAUUGUCCAAGACGGACGCUGACUCUGUGUCUCCAUAUGACGACGAGAUUUCCAAGUUCUUUGACAAGGCAGCCUCUCUUACGAAACGGGUAGUGGGCCAUACGUUCGACUUGGCUAACGAAUUGCCAACUAUGUUUAAGGACCAUGACGAUGAAAACAUUUUGGAUAAGUUCAUGAACAGGCCUUACCAAACCAGAGACAAGGAUUUGGAGCAAGAUCGUGGGAUCAUUCCUUUUGGUGUGGCCUUUGACGCAUUCAAUGCCUUUGGAGGUGCUAGUGGAGACACUCCAUUCGGCCUCUAUUCUUACAGAAGCCCAUCAGCACGCAAGUACAACGAGUGUAUGCGUAAGGAUGGUGAAUCUGUGUGGGAUUCUGAGGGUUACUGGCGCUGCUUGUUCCCCAAUCGUGAAAUCCCUAACAAGUUGUUGAACUACAAGAAGAGCCACUUGGCUGGGCAUAUCUUGACAAAGGAGGACUUCGACGAAGCCAUCCAGGAGAAGCCAGACGCCGAUAAGAACGGUGUGAUUGACUUGGGACCAAAGGGUAUGUUCUUUAGAGAGUUCAAUCGCUACUUGAACUGGAAGAACCACAUGUACGAAGAUGUCAGAAGGCAAAGAGAAGAAUCAAGAAGAAACCUUCGAGAAUCAAUCAGAGCAAACACCACCUUGACCCCAUUCUCUCGUGAGACUGAAGACCGCAAUGACGACAACGGCGUUGUGUCGUACUCCAUGAAGACUUAUACCAAGAUCGACAGUGAGGACGACAAGGAGGUUAUGCACGAGACCAGAACUGAAGUCUUUGGUGACGGUAGAUCCGUAACCAAGAAGCUGACACGAACCAGACCAAUUGGCAGCACGGAAUGGCUGACUCCCGAACAGCUGACCGAGGAAGACAACAAACUGGGAUGGUUCUGGAACUCGAAAUAA